GUGUCGCAGAAGCUGACGGCCUUCCGGCGGGAAACGGAGCAGCGCGAAGUAGGCGCCCUGCUCAAGAAUCUGACGGAGAAAGUCGACAACCUCGAGGCGAAGGUGAAGGCGCUGACCGACGCGACUGUCCCACUUGAGGGCAACCAGGCCGAGGAGCUGAGCAUCGCCAGGCUCAAGGAGCUCACCGAGAAGGCGAUGGAGGUCGAGAAGUCGGCCGCCGUCAUGGGUGGGGAGGCGCGGUCGCUUGUGGUGGCCAGGCAGAAGGACCCCCUCGCCAAGGAGUCGCCAGCAUGCGCCGCGGAGCUCGAGAAGCUCGCCGGCAGGCUCAAGGCCGCCUUACAGGAGCACAUGAAGAGGCGGAAGCUCGCGGUCCAGAGCGACAAGAUCUGCAAGGCACGGCAGCUCGGG